AUGCGAUCCGUUGUGGUCGCUGACAGAUCUCCUCACGCUCCAUAUCACUUUCUCGUUUUGAGCAAGCGGCACAUAGAUAAGUCAGCCGAUUUAACUGUUCAGGAUAUUCCCCUUGUGAAGGAAAUGGAGAAGGCUGGAAGAGAACACUUACGUGAGGUUCUCAAGAAAAACGGCGAUGCAGAUAUUGUUGAGGCCAUAUUACGAACGGGAUUUCAUAAACCACCAUUUCUUACUGUUCAUCAUUUGCACAUGCACAUUCUUUAUCCCGUAUCUGGGAUGAAAUUUUUAUACAGAGCCGUUGUUUAUCGGCCAGGACGAUUUUUCCUUCUCGCGAAAACCUUAAUUGAAGAAUUGGAAGGGGUGAAAAACAAGGAUGGCUCAACAGAUUUAGAGAAAAAACUUGAAGGAAAUCCGGCAAUUGUGGAUCCUAAAAAUCCAGCUGAGACUAAGAUUCAAGCAGCUGCUGUAUCUAAUUAG